AUGUCAAAAUCGAUUAUGUUGAACAUAUUUAAAAACUUCAACUUCGUCGAAUUAACACCAUCCGCACGAACCUUUCUAGCACUGUUUGCUCGAGAUGCACUGGCGAAACAUAUCUAUUCGCAGUUGUUCGGAUGGAUUGUGAAUGAAAUAAAUAAAUCUUUAGAAUAUGUGGGACAACGACAGUCCUUUAUUGGAGUUUUAGACAUUUACGGUUUCGAAACAUUUGAAAUCAAUAGCUUUGAACAAUUUUGUAUAAAUUACGCGAAUGAAAAGCUACAACAGCAGUUUUGUCAACACGUUUUUAAACUUGAACAAGAAGAAUAUAUGAAAGAAGAAAUUACUUGGUCAUUUAUUCAAUUUUAUGAUAAUCAACCGUGCAUUGAUCUGAUCGAAAAUAAACUAGGAAUUUUAGACUUGUUGGAUGAAGAAUGCAAAAUGCCCAAAGGAUCAGACGAAAACUGGCAUAGGAAAUUAGUGAGUCAACAUGGCAAACAUCCGGAUUUUUUAACGAAAAAACUAGCAGCAAAUUCGACGUUUAUCAUCAAUCAUUUUGCUGAGAAAGUGGAAUAUUCAAUCGAUGGAUUUUUAGAGAAAAAUCGAGACACAGUUUUGGAAGAUCAAUUGAAAAUGUUGAAAGAAAGUGAAUUGGAGUUUGUUGUUCAAUUAUUCUUGGAAGAAGAUGAUGGAGUAAAAGGUUCGACAUCAGCGAAAUCGUAUCAAGUGCAGAAAACCGGAACGUUACAAGCAGCUUCCAAAGUUCAAGCACAAAGAAAGAAAACCGUUGGAUCGCAGCGCUAUUCACUUGGUUCACAGUUUCGUGAAUCUUUAACAAGUUUAAUGUCAGCAUUGAAUUCGACCGAACCUCAUUACGUUCGUUGCAUCAAACCCAAUGACGCCAAAGCUUCAUUCACAUUUGAACCUCGUCGUGCAGUGCAACAAUUGCGUGCUUGUGGUGUUUUGGAAACGGUUCGAAUCAGCGCUGCCGGUUAUCCAUCACGUUGGAGUUAUCACGAUUUUUUUGUGCGUUAUCGGUUAUUAACACGUUCAGCGUUGAUCGAUCGAACGAAUCAUCGUCGAACAUGUGAAAAUAUUCUGAAAAACUUAAUUUCCGAUCCGGAUAAAUAUCAAUUUGGAAAUACGAAGAUUUUCUUUCGUGCAGGACAAGUUGCUUAUCUCGAAAAAUUACGUUCCGAAAAACUUCGUGCUUGUAUCAUCAAAAUUCAAACUACUUACCGAGCUUAUUAUGCACGAAAACGCUACUUGAAAAUCCGACGUACGACUCUGGCAUUACAAUGUUUAGCGAGACGGUAUUUAGCUCAAAAACAUGCAGAAAAUAUUCGUCGUACACAUGCUGUAAUAUUAUUUCAAUCGUUAUGGCGUCGACAAUUAGCUCAUCGUCGUUUUGAAAAUCUCCGAACAGUUCUUAUUGACAUUCAAUCAUAUUGUCGAGGUUAUUUAGUUCGAAAAAAUCUUCAGCAACGAAUGUUGGAACGAAGUGUUCUGGCUCUUCAAUCAUCUGUACGUAUGUGGAUUGCUCGAAGAAGAUUUAUCACAUUUCAACGCGGUAUUGUUCUUUUACAAUCUCAUCAACGUCGACGUGAAGCUUGUCUCGAAGUAAAAAAACUUCGAGUCGAACAACGUUCGAUCGAACAUCAACGACAAUUGAAUAAAGGUUUAGAAAAUAAAAUUAUUUCACUUCAACAUAAAAUUGACGAGCAAAAACGAGACAAUGAACGGCUGGUUAAUAAAGAACAAGAAUUAGAAAAUUUUAAAAAAGAUUUUGACCAAUUAAAAGUCAAUAAUAAAGAAUUGAAACAAAAUCUGAAGAAACAAACCAUUCUUGAAGAAGAACUUCAACAACUUCGAUUAGAAAACGAACGAUUAAAAACCGAAAAUGCGUCGAUACGUGCAGAUCUACUUCAAACUAAACAAUCAAAAGAUGAAAUCAUUUCUAAAAACACCGAUCUAAUCGCCCAAUUAGAAAACGACGUUGAACAAAAAACAAAAGAAAUAAAAAAAUUAGAAGAACAAUUACGCGGAGAUUUGUCCACACAAGAUUCAUCCGCCAUUCGUAUGAAACAAUUAGAAGAAGAAUUAACAGCUGAACGACAACAAAGACAACGCUUAGUCAUUGAAAUGCAUCGAUUGGAACAAAAGUGCGAUAAUCUACAAAGUGAAUUACAGAAUGAAAAUCUUCACAAAGUCAAAUCAGGACCGUCGGACUCGAAUAUGACUUGGGAUUCGAAAUUUAUGGACACACUUGAUCUUGAUGAUUUACCGGAUCAAGCACCGUUGACGACUGAUGGUUUAACUCCUCGUCGUCCUCCUCCUCUUCUUUCGUCGACGAUCAAUACUCAUCAACGUCAUUUAACAACAACACAUACGAAUGAACCACUCGAUGAACUUGUCGAAGCCGGUACUGUUCCUGGUGGUGGUCUUCUCCUUCGCCUUCAACGGCGUUUAAGACAACUUGAACAAGAAAACAAAACGAUGAAUGAAGAAUUGGAUAAAGGAGUGACAAAUUCAUCGAAACUAAGCACAAUGAAAAAGAAUUCAUCGUGGCAUUUAGAUGAAUUAGAAGUGGAUAAAUUAAGAACUGAUUUGAAAGCGUUGAGAGAAGAAGUUUUGAAAGGCGAUGAAAUAGCAGCGAAAGAACAAUUACUUGCACAAUUCGAUGCAUUAAAUGCGGAAUUAGAACAUCGUCGUCGUGAGCAAAUUGAAAUGAAAUCGAAAUUACAAGAACGAGUUAUGCAACAUGAGAAUGAAUCCGACGAUGUGAUUGCAAGUGACGCCAUUGAACAAGCGUAUCAAAGUCAAAAACAAAUCAAUAAAAUGUUGGAACUUGAACUUGAACAAUGUCGAGCAUCAUAUCAGCGAGAAUACGAACGAACACACGAACGUCUGGCACAAGUCGAAGCAGAAAAUCUAGAGUUAUGUAAAUCAAUUGACGAAAAUACGGUGGAUGAUGCGAUGAAACAACAGAUCGCCAAUGUUAUUAACGAAAAUCUGGAACUUCACCAACAAAUUCAAACGAAUCACGCCGAGAUCCGAAAAUUACGACGCGUUAUCAAACUUGUCAAUAAGAGCUUUUCUGCAGGAAAUGUCUCCUGGGAGCAAGUUCUUCAAAAUGGAUCAAUGAACGGAAUGGGUCAACUCAAUGGUCACAAUGAUAUUUCCAAUUCUAUGUUACUAACAACCACAACUGGGCCAACGAAUGUUCCAGGAAAUGUUGAUCUACGUCGUCAAAGCAUCAGACACUUUAGUGGAAUGAUAAAAUGUAAUCCUCAGGAAACGGAACGGAUUACCGAUGCAGUUGUUCUUGAAUUAANGAUUUUCAUGAAUUUCUUUUUGAAAGGCACUUUGUUCGGAUGGAUUGUGAAUGAAAUAAAUAAAUCUUUAGAAUAUGUGGGACAACGACAGUCCUUUAUUGGAGUUUUAGACAUUUACGGCUUCGAAACAUUUGAAAUCAAUAGCUUUGAACAAUUUUGUAUAAAUUACGCGAAUGAAAAACUACAACAGCAGUUUUGUCAACACGUUUUUAAACUUGAACAAGAAGAAUAUAUGAAAGAAGAAAUUACUUGGUCAUUUAUUCAAUUUUAUGAUAAUCAACCGUGUAUUGAUCUGAUUGAAAAUAAACUAGGAAUUUUAGACUUGCUAGAUGAAGAAUGCAAAAUGCCCAAAGGUUCAGACGAAAACUGGCAUAGGAAAUUAGUGAGUCAACAUGGCAAACAUCCGGAUUUUUUAACGAAAAAACUAGCAGCAAAUUCGACAUUUAUCAUCAAUCAUUUUGCCGAGAAAGUGGAAUAUUCAAUCGAUGGAUUUUUAGAGAAAAAUCGAGACACAGUUUUGGAAGAUCAAUUGAAAAUGUUGAAAGAAAGUGAAUUGGAGUUUGUUGUUCAAUUAUUCUUGGAAGAAGAUGAUGGAGUAAAAGGUUCGACAUCAGUGAAAUCGUAUCAAGUACAGAAAACCGGAACAUUACAAGCAGCUUCCAAAGUUCAAGCACAAAGAAAGAAAACCGUUGGAUCGCAGUUUCGUGAAUCUUUAACAAGUUUAAUGUUAGCAUUGAAUUCGACCGAACCUCAUUACGUUCGUUGCAUCAAACCCAAUGACGCCAAAGCUUCAUUCACAUUUGAACCUCGUCGUGCAGUGCAACAAUUGCGUGCUUGUGGUGUUUUGGAAACGGUUCGUAUCAGCGCUGCUGGUUAUCCAUCACGUUGGAGUUAUCACGAUUUUUUUGUGCGUUAUCGGUUAUUAACACGUUCAGCGUUGAUCGAUCGAACGAAUCAUCGUCGAACAUGUGAAAAUAUUCUAAAAAACUUAAUUUCCGAUCCGGAUAAAUAUCAAUUUGGAAAUACAAAGAUCUUCUUCCGUGCAGGACAAGUUGCUUAUCUCGAAAAAUUACGUUCCGAAAAACUUCGUGCUUGUAUCAUCAAAAUUCAAACUACUUACAGAGCUUAUUAUGCACGAAAACGCUACUUGAAAAUCCGACGUACGACUCUGGCAUUGCAAUGUUUAGCGAGACGGUAUUUAGCACAAAAACAUGCAGAAAAUAUUCGUCGUACACAUGCUGUAAUAUUAUUUCAAUCGUUAUGGCGUCGACAAUUAGUUCAUCGUCGUUUUGAAAAUCUCCGAACAGUUCUUAUUGACAUUCAAUCUUAUUGUCGAGGUUAUUUAGUUCGAAAAAAUCUUCAGCAACGAAUGUUGGAACGAAGUGUUCUGGCUCUUCAAUCAUCUGUACGUAUGUGGAUUGCUCGAAGAAGAUUUAUCACAUUUCAACGCGGAAUUGUUCUUUUACAAUCUCAUCAACGUCGACGUGAAGCUUGUCUCGAAGUCAAAAAACUUCGAGUUGAACAACGUUCGAUCGAACAUCAACGACAAUUGAAUAAAGGUUUAGAAAAUAAAAUUAUUUCACUUCAACAUAAAAUUGACGAACAAAAACGAGAUAAUGAACGGUUGGUUAAUAAAGAACAAGAAUUAGAAAAUUUCAAAAAAGAUUUUGACCAAUUAAAAGUCAAUAAUAAAGAAUUGAAACAAAAUCUGAAGAAACAAGCCAUUCUUGAAGAAGAACUUCAACAACUUCGAUUAGAAAACGAACGAUUAAAAACCGAAAAUGCAUCGAUACGUGCAGAUCUACUUCAAACCAAACAAUCAAAAGAUGAAAUCAUUUCUAAAAACACCGAUCUAAUUGCUCAAUUAGAAAAUGACGUUGAACAAAAAGACAACGAAAUUAAAAAAUUAGAAGAACAAUUACGCGGAGAUUUGUCCACACAAGAUUCAUCCGCCAUUCGUAUGAAACAAUUAGAAGAAGAAUUAACAGCUGAACGACAACAAAGACAACGCUUAGUGAUUGAAAUGCAUCGAUUGGAACAAAAAUGCGACAAUCUACAAAGUGAAUUACAGAAUGAAAAUCUUCACAAAGUCAAAUCAGCACCAUCGGACUCGAAUAUGACUUGGGAUUCGAAAUUUAUGGACACACUUGAUCUUGAUGAUUUACCGGAUCAAGCACCGUUGACGAGUGAUGGUUUAACUCCUCGUCGUCCUCCUCCUCUUCUUUCGUCGACGAUCAAUACUCAUCAACGUCAUUUAACAACAACGCAUACGAAUGAACCACUCGAUGAACUUGUCGAAGCCGGUACUGCUCCUGGUGGUGGACUUCUCCUUCGCCUUCAACGACGUUUAAGACAACUUGAACAAGAAAACAAAACAAUGAAUGAAGAAUUGGAUAAAGGAGUGACAAAUUCAUCGAAACUAAGCACAAUGAAAAAGAAUUCAUCGUGGCAUUUAGAUGAAUUAGAAAUGGAUAAAUUAAGAACUGAUUUGAAAGCGUUGAGAGAAGAAGUUUUGAAGGGCGAUGAAAUAGCAGCGAAAGAACAAUUACUUGCACAAUUCGAUGCAUUAAAUGCGGAAUUAGAACAUCGUCGUCGUGAGCAAAUUGAAAUGAAAUCGAAAUUACAAGAACGAGUUAUGCAACAUGAGAAUGAAUCCGAUGAUGUGAUUGCAAGUGACGCCAUUGAACAAGCAUAUCAAAGUCAAAAACAAAUCAAUAAAAUGUUGGAACUUGAACUGGAACAAUGUCGAGCAUCAUAUCAGCGAGAAUACGAACGAACACACGAACGUUUGGCACAAGUCGAAGCAGAAAAUCUAGAGCUAUGUAAAUCAAUUGACGAAAAUACGGUGGACGAUGCAAUGAAACAACAAAUCGCCAAUGUUAUUAACGAAAAUCUGGAACUUCAUCAACAAAUUCAAACGAAUCACGCCGAGAUCCGAAAAUUACGACGCGUUAUCAAACUUGUUAAUAAGAGCUUUUCUGCGGGAAAUGUCUCUUGGGAGCAAGUUCUUCAAAAUGGAUCAAUGAACGGAAUGGGUCAACUCAAUGGUCACAAUGAUAUUUCCAAUUCUAUGUCAUUAACAACCACAACAGGGCCAGCGAAUGUUCCAGGAAAUGUUGAUCUACGUCGUCAAAGCAUCAGACACUUUAGUGGAAUGAUAAAAUGUAAUCCUCAGGAAACGGAACGGAUUACCGAUGCAGUUGUUCUUGGUAUCUAUUUNGGUUCAACAACUGAUCGAACACGAAUUGAAUAUGAGCAACAAGAGAAUUUUGAUUUAGGCUACACAUUUCCACUGGUCUAUCCGUAUGUUCCAUCGACUGUUUCACUUGAUCAAAUUGACAUUCCUCAUGAACUUCACCUUGACUUUCUUUCACUUGUUUAA